AUGAGGUUGUCGUCGAUGGUGAGCGCAGUCCUAGGACUGUGCCUUGGGAUAUCAUAUGCCCAAUCAAAUCUCACGACACCACAGUCCACCCAGAAAAUAUUGUACGGCGACUUUAGACCUCCGCAAGUAUUUGAGAAUACCAACCUCGUUCGCACCAUAAACCUUGAGAAGGGGUAUGUCAGAGAGACGACCAAUGUUCUGAUCACGAACACGGAUAAAGAACCGCAGUCGGAAUACUUCUUGCCCUUUGAAUAUGAUCGGAUAGGGGGAAUUGGCGGCUUUGAUGCUCGGGACAAGAAGAAUGCUGAGAAGGGUCCAUUGGCAGUGACUGUUGCUGCUUUGGCCGACGUGCUUGAUGCACAGGGCACAUCUUCUAAACCUACUCAAUACCACAUCAUCCACCUCGCCGAACCACUACCACCUAAAGGCACCCUCACCCUGUCUAUAUCCUACCAUAUCCUAGGUGCCCUGACACCGCUCCCAGCAUCUAUCAAACAAGACGAAAAGCAAUAUGUUACAUACAACUUCUCCGCCUACGCUCCCACAGUCUAUCCGACCAUCAAACAAAAGACAAAAGUCAAGUUUCCGUCGUCGGAUGUUCCAGAAUACACAACCACCAAAGGAUUAACGUCUGCAGCUGAUCCAGAGAAACAAGGUUCAUCAUUCACGUAUGGACCGUACGAGACCGCAAAGAUUCCGCCGGGGACAACCUAUCCAGUGACAGUCCGGUACGAAUUCAACAAGCCUCUUUUAGUAUGCAGUGUCUUGGAACGAGAUGUCGAGGUUUCCCACUGGGGCGGUAAUCUUGCAACAGAAGAGAGAUACUGGCUCCGCCAUGACGGCGCCACGCUGUCCAACCACUUCUCCCGCCUCGCUUGGAGUACACAAAACUUCUACAUCAACGCAGGCCAGAUGUCUACCUCCGCACUGAGGGAACUCAAAGUGCCCUUGAAGCCGGGGAGCGUCGACCCUUAUUUCACAGACGACAUUGGCAAUGUAUCAACAUCAAGAUUCCGACCUAACAACGUCAGAGAAGCCAGCCUUGAAUUAAAACCCCGCUAUCCCCUGUUCGGCGGAUGGAAAUACAGCUUCCGCAUCGGCUGGAACAAUGCUCUCUCUUCAUGCCUCCGCAAACUCAAGAACCCUUCCGACACAUACAUCUUAUCCGUCCCAUUGAUCGAAGGCCCCAAAAUGCCCGAAGGCAUCCAAUACGAACAAUUUGUGUUACGCAUCAUUCUCCCUGAAGGCGCCACUAACGUACAGUACCAAACACACGGCGGUACGGGCGUGCCGACACUCCACGCCGAACAGGGCAUUCACAAGACCUUCAUGGACACGCUCGGUCGCACGGAAUUGAAGCUGUCAGCUGCAAAUGUUGUCGAGGAGGCCAGAGACAUCACCGUUCUUGUCACCUAUCAAUAUACAUUCCUCGCAGCCUUGAGGAAACCCAUGACCAUCUUUGCCGGGUUGGCCGUUGUCUUUGCCGUGGCGUGGUUAGUUGGCAGUGUUGACACGAGCAUUGGGAAGAAGAAAAGAAAAUGA